CGCACAGUCGUCUUAAUCCGUGCGACGUGCAGCAGCGACAUCACUCUGUACAACUAAGUACAACUGAGUAGUUUGUUUUACUUCAGGAUAAGCAGAAAAGCCUCAGGAGACACUUCAGCCUGGUUCACGUCUCUGCUGCCAUCAUGGAGAUUUCUGUGGCUCACCCUGUGAUUAAAGCCUUCAUGUGUGGUUCUCUGAGUGGAACCUGCUCUGCUCUGCUGUUCCAGCCGCUGGAUCUUGUGAAGACCCGUCUACAGACCAUACAGAAGAGUGUACACUCUGGCUCAGGAAGCGUUGGCAUGGUAACGAUAUUACUCACUAUCGUGAGGACUGAGAAUCUGCUAGGUCUUUGGAAGGGAGUAUCACCUUCGUUUGUACGAUGUAUCCCCGGGGUGGGAAUCUACUUCAGCACGUACUACAGUGUGAAGCAGCGGUUCUUCGGUGACCGAGCGCCACGUCCUGUGGAGGCUGUGCUGCUGGGUGCUGGAGCUCGGUGUGUAGCGGGAGUCUGCAUGCUGCCGGUUACAGUCAUCAAAACUCGCUUUGAGAGCGGGCGUUAUAACUACAGCAGUGUAGUAGGAGCUCUGCGCAGUGUGUGUCGGGUGGAGGGGCCGAGAGCGCUGUUCUCCGGUCUCACAGCCACUCUGCUCCGAGAUGCUCCCUUCUCUGGAAUCUAUCUUAUGUUCUACAGCCAGGCCAAGAACACACUGCCUCAUGAGAUAAGCGAGUCAGCGUACGCUCCUCUGGCUAACUUCAGCUGUGGCGUCGGGGCCGGUGUGUCGGCCUCCCUGCUCACGCAGCCUGCGGAUGUGGUGAAGACUCACAUGCAGGUGAAUCCUCAGCAGUUCAGAAGGAGCACAGACGUUCUCACCUACAUCUACAAGGAGCAGGGCUUGUCUGGGUUUUUCCGUGGUGCCGUGCCCCGCUGCCUCCGCAGGACGAUGAUGGCAGCGAUGGCGUGGACCGUGUACGAGCAGCUCAUGGCUCGAAUGGGCCUCAAAUCCUGAGAAAGAGAGACAGAAUCCGAAAUGAAGAAAAAAUAGAUAAAAAGAUGAACAGAGGAUUGAAGCAGAGGGUGAAACGGAGAGGAGAGUGACAUUCGAAGCGAGGGUUUGCUGAGGAUUCUGAGAGAGCGCAGGAGUCGGUGAACGAACGCUUCAGCUUGGGAAACAAACUCCAGACAUCUACAGUGUGCUGCGUUCGGUAAACGCCUGGAAACUCCGCUGUCGUAUGAGGAGGAAGGAAAGUGUUCUUCAGCUUUGCCAUCGUUCCUUUGUCUGGAACUGAACUGUCGGAACAGCUUACGGCAGCUACAGUAUAAACGCUCUUUCCCUCACCAGUCAGAACGCUGGAGCCUCCUUAGUAAAUGUUAAACAUCUCCUUCUGUAAAACGUCUCUGAUUGACAUGGAAUGUCCUGUGUUCGAGUUAUUACAGAAAGUUAAUGGAACAGCUUCUGGCCAAUCAGGUUAGAGAAUUCAGAGAAUUCCUCGCUAGCGUAUUUGGUGUAGAACAGAGCUGUAAUGUGACGUUUCAGUCCGAUCACUUGUGUGUGAGCGCGAGUGCGUGCGAGCGCCAGCGAGUGUGUGAGCGAGUGUGUGUGUGUGAGAGAGCGCGCACGAGUGCGAGAGCGCGCGAGUGUGCGAGUGCAUGAGUGAGUGAGUGUGUGUGUGUGUGUGUGUGUGUGUGUGUGUGGUUGCUGAGGGAAUCAAUACAGGAGAAAUUGUCUCAGGAUAAUAAUUUAUUAUUACAUUGGAAGUAAGUUAUAUUAAUGUUGGGGUUUUUUUGUUUUGUUUUGUUUUUACAUGUCCACUUUCUAACCUGCUAAUAAAAGAUGAAUGAAUUUA